GCAACACUCUUUCUUCUCUCUCUCUCUCUCUCUCUCUCUCUCUCCGCAUCUGCAUCCACCCGAAACGCAGUGCGCAGCAGAUUGCAGCGGAUCUCGGAAGCUGGUUCGGCUCCGCUCCGGCCGCAUCCCCGCCGGGAUGUCCUGUUCCGGCCACCGGAAUCCACCGCUCCCUCUCUCAAGGCGCUGAAAUGGAUAGAGCUCGGAAUAACAAAGCUCAAGGCACUGAGAGAUUAGUUCCAGGAUGCCUGGGAAGAAUGGUGAACCUUUUUGAUUUAAGCACGGGAGCAGCUUCGAAGAAGCUUCUCACAUAUAAACCACAUUUUGAUGAUCCUUCACUCACAAGGAGUCAACCAGAUGUGCCAAGAAUGUUAAGUCCAUCUCGUCGAAAUGACAUGGAGGACAAAAUGAUCAUCUCGAACUCGAGGAGAAGUUCACCUAACAAACAACCAAACUCCACGCCCAUGAAGAUGUUAAUUGCACAAGAAAUGUCUCGAGAAAUGGAGUCUAAGCAUUGUUCACCUAAUGUGGUGGCGAAGUUGAUGGGCCUUGAUGGCCUUCCACGUCAAAAUCCUGAUUUACUUGCAGAUGUAAGCCCGUUGAGAAACUACUCGUCACCUUGUUUAAUUCCACAAGAAAUACCAUAUCAAAGUUGGCUGCAAGAAGAUACAUUUGUGCACGAGCAGGAUGCAUCUUUUAAAUGCCGAGAAAUCGAUGAUUACAAAGACAUUUUUGAAGUAGAAAAGAUAUCUCAGAAGACAAAUUCUGCAAGAGAAAUGUCACCACAUAUGGGAAAGUAUGGUGGAAAAGGAAGAGAGAAGAGAAGGAUGGUCAUUCAGCAGAAGUUCAUGGAAGCAAAAUGCCAAGCAACUGACGAAAAACUUAACCAGUCGAAAGAGUUGCAAGAUGCAUUGGAGGUUUUGAAUUCCAAGAGAGUGUUUUUGCUUGAAUUUAUUAAGGAACCCAAUAAUCUCUUUUCGAAGCAUCUCCAGGAAUUGGAGUCUACUUGUGCCCCUUCUGAGACAAAGCGCAUCACUGUUCUUAGACCAUCUAAGAUGGUUGACAAUGAGAAAUAUCCCAUGACGAGAAAGAAGAAUGAACAUCUGGCAAAGAGAGCUGAGGUUUCCCAAGAGAUUAGAUGGGGUAAAAGUAGAUCUGUUGGUUCCCCCGAUUAUGUCAGUCAUAAUGGCGCUGACCAUGGUUCUCAACCAACUCGAAUCGUGGUUUUGAAGCCUAGUCUUGGCCAAACUCAUGAAAUUGAGUCUACAUCGCCAUCUUCCAUGAUACCAAAAAAGUUGCCUGGCGAGAAUUUCUUUGAGGAAGCUGAAGAUGGUGAUGUGCAAUUAUCAAGAGAAGUGGCCAAGGAGGUUACUCAUAAUGUCCGUGAAAGUAUGAAGGGACACCGUAGAGAUGAAACACUGCUAUCUUCUGUUUUCUCGAAUGGCUAUAGUGGUGAUGGCAGUUCAUUUAAUAAAUCGGAAUAUGAGUUUCCACAACAGAAUUGCAGUGAUUCAGAAGUCUUGUCACCUGCUUCGAGGCAUUCUUGGGACGGCAUCAAUAGGUAUGAUAGCCCCCUUUCGGCUUCUUCGUUGAGUUGUGCAUCUUACUCGCCCGAAUCAACAGUUUCAAGAGAAGCAAAAAAACGUCUCUCUGAAAGGUUUAUGGCAUCUAAUAAGAAUACUCGUGAAGAAAGACAUAUUCACAAAACCUCUGGCACCUUGGGUGAGAUGCUUGCGCUUUCUGACACAAAGAUGUCAACUAGAAGAGAGGAAGACGGCAACAAUAUUGAGCGGGAACCAAGGAUGUCAGCUUCCUGCUUAAGGAAUAAGUCGUCUGAAAUCGAAGAAGUUGCCGAGUCACCAAAGAGUCUUCUGAGAUCAAAAUCUCUCCCUGUAUCCUCAAUGUUGUACAGUGAUGCAAUCAGAACUCGAACUUCAGAUCCUGAGGCAUCCAAAAUGCAUGUUCACAAGGAAUCUAAGGAAAAAGGUCUGAGUUUGUCGUUCAAGGGAAGGGUUUCCAAUUUUUUCUUAUCUAGGAGGACAAGAUUGGGCAAAGAAAAAUCUGGUAAAUGUGAAUCUGCUGAUGAUUCUUGUGGUGUAAAUGGUCCAGAAUCUUCUAUCUGUCCUCGUAGCAAGUCCAGCACCCAUGCUUCUCAAUAUUUUGAAGAGAAUCAAAUUGAAGCUUCUGAAAAUUCCGCUCGACGUGGACUUCUGAACAAAACUACUCGUCCCAUGCAAACAGUGCAAAACGAAAACAGUAUCUCUGAAGAGGUUGGAUUGCCUGUAUCAAAGCCUGUUCUGGGAAGUGUUGGUGAGAACCAGGACCAGCCAAGCCCAAUAUCAGUUUUAGAGCCAUCUUUUGAAGAAGAUGCUAGUAUAAUUUAUGAAUAUCCUGGGAAACAACUGCCGGUCCAGUCUCUUAAGUCUAAUUUGAUUGACAAGUCACCUCCUAUUGGAUCUAUAGCCCGGUCUCUUUCCUGGGGAGAUUAUCCAGAAAGAGCAUUUCUUUGUCUGUCAAAACCCUCCACGACUUAUUCUGGUUCCAAGGAGGAAGAGGAAGAUUGUUUCGGCUUCAUUGAAAAGCUGUUAACUAUACCUAGCCUAGAUGGCACAGGGGAAUCCUACUCCCAUGUUUCAAGUUGGCAUUCACCUCAUAGCCCAUUGGAUCCAUCACUGAGGGAAAAGUAUGCAGAUGUGGACAACGACGAACCUUUAAAUGAGGCUAAGAGAAGGCAAAGAAGAUCGAACAGGAAGCUCAUAUAUGACUGUGUCAAUGCAGCGAUUGUAGACAUUGCUGGCUUCGGGCCAGGGGAGUGCCUAGUAGACAGGUUCUGUUGUGGGCCUGGAGAUUUGCUCAUGGAGGAGAAAUCAUCUAUCACGGCUGACAUAAUUUGGAGCCAGAUUAAGGAGUGGUUUACUAAGGUCCGGAGUGUGUCCGGAGACGAUGAGGACCACAACUGCGCGGUUGUGGAGAGUGCUGUGAAGGAAGAGUUUGUCGGGAAAGGUCGGCUUGGACUUUUCAGAUUGGAAGUCGAUAAUUUAGGGAGGGACAUAGAAGGGGCAUUGCUGGAAGUGCUUGUGGCUGAGGCUCUUUCUGAUUUGGUAGUUAGUGUCUGUUGAGUCUUUCAUUCUCUUUUAAAAGUUAAGAUUGGUGGGUAGCUCCAAUGGCUUGAGCGUUCUGAUAUCUAACUGCGGCAGUCCUCGUUGGCCAAUAUGAUUUAUUUGAUGGUGCAAAUGUUUCGGUUAAGUCUGUAUCCGACCAUAUGCCUACUUGCAAAUAUCAGCUUUUGGUGUGUCGGAUACGAGA